UUCUCCGUUCCCUACAGGAAGUGGGUGGCGUACAGCCGGCUGUACCAGAGCCUGGAGGUGGAUUCGUCCGUGCUGCUGCAGCAGCUCACCAGCAUCGAGUACCACUGGCAUCAGGUGACGCUGCCCCAGCAGCAGAAAGGGGAGCUGAGUGAUUCUCUUCAUGGUUUCCUUCAAUAUGGAUUAUGUUUGGUGGCCAAAUACAGAGACAUCUUCCCCCCAACUCCCUCUGCCACUCCAAAGCUGCACACUCUGCUCAGGAUCCUGGCUCAGAUCUGUAAGACCAAGGCCUUCCAGGAACUGAACCCAGCUAACUUUGACCUUCAGGAUGAGAUCUGUGAGGCCUUACAGACAGGCACCGAGGACUGGUUCACCGUCAAAAAGGGUUUACACGAGCCCAUGACCAAGGACCUGACAGAGAUGGGGAGCGCCCUCUCCAGGCUGAUUGUGGAGGUGCAGAGAGACAUCAAGAGCAACAAGGACGUCUGGAACCGAGUAUUUUUCAGUGCCAUGCAGGUGGACGUGUUCACGGUCGUCUACCAAAAGUUUGAUUCCCUGCUUGCACAGGAAGUGAUGAAGACGUUAUCGCUGAUGAAGGGUCACAUGGACCUGAGUCUCUCCAAAUGCCUGUUUCCCAUUUACCUGAACCUACACGGCAUCCACAAGAACAAGGCCUUCCUACAGAGAAGAGGGUCACUGAAGCUCUCGAACUUUCAUGAGGACUUCAGAGAGGCGAUGCCGUACUGGCUGAACCAGGCAUUCAGCACCACCAAGGACAGGGUGGAGAGGGCGGUGCAGGUGGACCAGCUGCAGCCCCUGCAGACCGGCUCGGAGCUCAUCAAGCACAGCUCCUCCGCCGUGGACCUGGUCUCCUGCAUCCAGCCCAUCUGCCAGCUGUGGGAGCAGCUGUCCUGGCCCGACCCAGAGGAGUCCUUCAUGCUGAUGGUCAAAAUCACGGAGGAUGUUUGUAAGAUUGUGGGGAGCUACUGCCAACUCCUGAAGGACAGAGUCCGGGUUCUGUCGGAGAACUCCGACCACAGCAUCGCCAUCAACAUGCUGUGUGUGGUGGUGAAUGACCUGGAGCACCUGAGGACACACCUGAGCAAGCUCCCGUCCCAGCUGAACUGGGAGGGCCUCCGCUCGCGGCUCGUCAACGUGAUCGCAGACAGCCAGUUCAACAACACGCUGAGCUCCCAGCUGCAGCAGGCGCAGAGCAGCCUGAGCCGCGAGAUCCGCUCGGCGCUGGACACGCUGGGGAAGCAGCUGAACACAGACAUCGAGACGUACGUCAGAAGCAUGUCCACCAGAAGAAGAAUUCCCUCCAAGUCCUCCGAGGACGCUGCUGCUCCUCUCAUGCGGUACCUGGAACAGGAGCUGCAGUACAUGAAUGAGAACCUGGUGCCGGAGAACUUCAACAGCCUCCUGACUCCUCUGUGGAACAACUCGGUGAAAAUCCUCUAUCAGACGGCAAACCAGUAUUCUCAGCAGGAAGGACAGAUGGUCUUCUGCCAGAGGCUGCUGUACACGCUGCAGUGUCUGGAGCAGUGCUUCCACGCCGAGGGGAACGGACUUCCUCUGAAAAGUCUGCACUCGGACGAGUACAAGACUCUGAAGACCUACCUGGAGAAGAACUCUCUGAGCAGCCGGCAGCUCAUCGAGAAGUUCUUUCAGAAGAAAACGUCGGAGCAGAGGACGUACAGCGGAGAGAAGUACGGCGCGGUCACCCUCCGCGCCUCCUACAGGAGCUCGGACCAGAGGCUGCGGGUGGAGGUGCUGAACGCGGUUAACCUGAUCCCCAUGGACUCUAACGGUUCCAGCGACCCGUUUGUUCAUCUGUGUCUGGAACCAAACCACGUCUUUCCUGAGGUGGAGCCUCGCGUCACUCAGAUCAAGAGCUGCGACCUCAAUCCUCUGUUUGACGAGUCCUUCGACUUCCUGAUUUCCCCGGAGCAGUGCCAGGCUCCAGGGGCUUGCCUGGUGGUCACGGUGUUGGACCACGACACCCUAAGUGCAGACGACUUUGAGGGCGAGGCCUUUCUGUCCCUGAGCAAUGUGAUGGGCGUCUCUGAAGGAACCGAGGAGGACCUGAGCUCACGGCCGGAUGCUGCUCCGGCUCAGCUACGCCUGCCUCUGAUGCAUCCCAAACCCAACGACGGCAUCCUGAAGCUGCUGGAGUCCCGGAGGGGGGAGCGGGAGGCGCAGGCGUUUGUGAAGAAGCGGCGCCAGCGCGAGAAACAAUCCCUGGAGGGCGUUCAGCCGUGACAAAGAUGCGGACGCCGCGCUCUUCCUCCAAAAA